AUGCGUCGUAGUCUCAUGGUGAUAAGCGUAGCCUUGAUGGCGACAGCGUAUGUGGCGAUGGCUGAUGGCGGAUACGGAAGUCGCCGAAGUGGAAGUGGAGGAGGCCACAGUGGAGGUGGAGGUGGAAGAGGCCACAUCGGAGGUGGAUUCAGCGGCGGAAACGGAGGAUUCGGAGGCGGAGCUGGUGCAGUCGCCGGUGGAUUCGGGGGAAAUGGAGGCGCUGGAUUCAAUGGCGGCCACGGAUUUGGUGGAAAUGGAGGCGCUGUAGUUAGCGGCGGAAGCGGAUUUGGAGGAGCUCAUGGUGUAGGAGGAAGUGUUGGAGGUGGAGCUGGAGGAGGAUUUGGAGGUGUAAAUGGUGGAAUUGGCGGUUUUGGUGCAGGUAAUGGCGGUUUUGGCAGUGGAAAUGGCGGUUUUGUCGCAGGUAAUGGAGGUUUUGGCGGUGGCAACGGCGGAUUUGGCGGUGGCAAAGGCGGAAUUGUUGGAAGCAGUACCAGCUUUGGAGGUGUUGGUGGAGGUAAUGGCCGUCGAAGCUAUGGAAGGAAGUAAACGACAUUUGUCUCAGUUACCAAAGGACGAACUGUUUAAAGAAUAAAUUGAAAUUUUAUGA